CUUUGUUGUGGAGCGUGGCGGACACUGACGUUCUCCCGCUCCAUGAAUGGGAAUGUGUGAGGUUCCGGGAAUUGAGCUGAUCCUCAACCAGGAGGUGGAGGGCAGAGCACCCCACUGUCCGCACGGUCCAACCUUGUUGUUUGUGAAGGUAACUCGCAAGAAGCAAGAAGCCAGGAGGUUUUAUGCCUGUGCAGCUUGUCGAGAUCGCAAGGACUGUAACUUCUUCCAGUGGGAAGAUGAGAAGGUGUCCGAGGCCCGGCAAUUAGUAAGAGACGAAUUGAAUCGAAGACGGCAGCCACCAUUUACUCAUCAGCAAUAUGUGGAGAGAUAUCAGCAGUUUGUGGCUUUACCCAUGGAAAAUAGAACGUUCUGUUCGGACUGUCAGAUUUUGCUGCUUCCUGAUGAGUUGGACCAACAUUCGUCACACCAUCGACUGGGACAUGUGUCUCUCUGUCAGCUGAAAAGACCCAGCCUCUUGCUGCUUCCAAUAGAAAACAAGAAGACAAAUGCUCAGUACCUGUUUGCUGAUCGCACUUGCCAAUUCUUGUUGAAUUUAAUUGUUUCAUUGGACUUUAGAAGGGUGCUGUGUGUUGGAACACCACGUCUACAUGAGCUAAUAAAGGUGCGCCAGUCCGAAAAUAAGGAACCGUUUAUAAAGACUCAACUUCUGGACAUUGAUUUCAGGUAUUCCCAGUUUUAUUCAGAGGAGGAGUUUUGCCACUACAACAUGUUUAAUCAUUAUUUCUUUGGGGGAAAGCCAGCCUUUGAAGCAUUCCGAACAUUCUUAUGUCAGAACAAGGGAAAGUCUGUUGUUAUGGUGACUGACCCGCCAUUUGGCGGCCUAGUGGAGGCUCUAGCCCACAGUUUCAAAAAGAUUGUUGGUGAAUGGAAGACUUCACGGAAUACAAUUAAUGAGGAGUUGCCAAUAAUUUGGAUUUUUCCUUACUUUUUUGAACCUCGUAUUCGGCAAUAUUUCCCAACGUUGAGCAUGUUGGAUUACCAGGUGGAUUAUGAUAAUCAUGCAUUAUAUAAACAUGGGAAAACAGGACGAAAACAGUCCCCAGUUCGCAUAUUUACCAACCUUCCUCCUAAAGACAUUAUUUUGCCGGCAGAAGAAGGGUACAGGUUCUGUUCAUUUUGUGAGCGAUAUGUAUCCUCAGCAAACAGACACUGUGAGAUAUGCCAGGCCUGCACAUCAAAAGAUGGUAGGCAAUGGAAACACUGUAAGACGUGCAACAAAUGUGUUAAACCAUCCUGGAUUCACUGUGACACCUGCUGUCGGUGUGUCCUCAAGCAGCACUCUUGUGGGGAGGCUGGGGAAGGAUGCUUUAUUUGUGGAAGCUCUGAGCAUAAACGCAGAGAAUGUCCUCACACAGCAUUCCUCGAAAGGACCUCUUCUGAAGGGGCAAAACCACGUAAAAGAAAAUUUUUGGAGACAGAGAAAGACACUGCUGGAAGAAAAUCUAAAAAUCAAGCACAAAAGAUAAGUACCCAAAAGAAGAAAGCAAUGAAAUUGGUAAUCGGGAAGUCAAAAAAGAAGCAGAAGAGAAAGAAACAGCAGUAGUUGAGAGACAGACUAUGUUCUGAGCCAGGUGAUGUGGCUUUCCUUGACAAACACAAUCUCAUUUCUGCUUUAUCAAAGUGCACACAAUGAACACUCUCACUGAGAAUGUAGGAGCCACUGAGCUUUGUCUCUUCCCGUUGCACUUUUCCAACUUUAAUGCCUUAUUUGCUGCAAAUGUUGGACACGUUUCAUCAACAUGCCAGUGAAUAUUUGGAUAGAAAUAUUAAAAACCCUGUGGGCCUCAUGCCACUUUUAGAAUCCCAUGUUUCCCAAUGUAUAUUCUCAUUUAUUUGAAAAUGAGAAAACUCACCAGUUUGUGUAAGUUUUGUGAU